CUUUGUGUCAACGGACGCCAAAUGAAAUUCAAAUGCAGCCGAAUUUCUAGUUGAAGAGAGAGAGAGAGAGAGCUUGGUGUUUUGCUUUCGAUGGUUUGUGUGUGAGUGUGUGAGUGUCUGAAAUAAUAAAAUAUUUUUCAUGUCCUGCUGCCACUGGUCCUGCCUCCAAUCAUUUGACUGUGUUUUUCAUUUUUCAUAUUUUUUUCUUUUAAUUUUUUCAAUUUUGGGUUUCUCUUACAAUUUUCAUACAUUUUCUCUCUGGUUUCUCGGCGACAGAGAAGGAAGUAGAGGAGUAGAAGAAACAAAUAUCUCUGCUUCUACGAAACUCUCAAACGCAUGCGCUCUCUCUACCCUUUCUUUCUUUUUCUCGUCAAUUCCUUGAUCAUGACAAACAAUUCUGAACUCAGGCUGCCACAUAAUCCAUCUUCAAUGGACUCUCUUUAAUUGCUGCUUUUGUUUGUACUCUCUCUAUAAGAAAGUGAUUCAAUGGAGAAACAUUUACAGGAUACUAUGUUGGGUCGUUUUGAAGGAGCCUUUAAGAUUCCAUCAGUUAAUAAUCCUAGAAAAUUGGAAAGUAAUGCAUGGGGGAUUCUUCGUCCACCUGAGGCAUAUCAUGCAUCAAGUGAUACUAGCUUGUUUUCGAGCUCAUUGCCCGUACUUCCACAUGAAAAGUGUAUGUUGAACUUCUCUGACUUGGAGCAUUUGGGUCAGUCUGUUGAUGAUAGCUUGCCUAGUUUAAACAAUGUUGAGCAAGAAAAUGAGAUUAAGGAUCCGCUUGAAAAGGUUGAAUCCAACGCAUUUGGGAUCAUGCUUCCUGAUGAUGAAGAUGAUCUCUUAGCAGGCAUAACAGAUGAUUUUGAUCUAAGUCGAUUGCCUAAUCAGCUGGAGGAUGUGGAAGAAUAUGACCUCUUUGGCAGUGGAGGCGGAAUGGAAUUGGAUUUUGAAUCUCAAGAUGGCCUUGGCAUUGGCAUGUCAAAACUAAGCAUAUCUGAUGGGGUUGUUCCAAAUGGGAUUGGUCAUUAUGCUCUUCCAAAUGGUGUGGGAGCUGUGGCUGGGGAACACCCAUAUGGAGAGCAUCCAUCAAGGACCUUGUUCGUUAGAAAUAUCAAUAGUAACGUGGAGGACUCUGAAUUGAGAACUCUAUUUGAGCAAUAUGGGGAUAUCAGAACUUUAUACACUGCAUGCAAGCAUAGGGGCUUUGUGAUGAUAUCUUACUAUGAUAUCCGAGCUGCUCGCACUGCAAUGCGCGCAUUACAGAACAAGCCCUUGAGACGAAGGAAACUUGACAUUCAUUUUUCAAUUCCUAAGGAUAACCCGUCAGAAAAGGAUAUCAACCAAGGAACUCUUGUGGUGUUCAAUUUGGAUGCAUCAGUGUCAAAUGAUGACCUUAGACAGAUAUUUGGGGCUUAUGGAGAAGUCAAAGAGAUUCGGGAAACACCACACAAGAGACACCAUAAAUUCAUAGAGUUUUAUGAUGUUAGAGCUGCAGAGGCAGCUUUACGGGCAUUAAAUAGGAGUGACAUAGCUGGGAAACGCAUAAAGCUCGAACCUAGCCGCCCUGGUGGCGCACGUAGAACCUUGAUGCAACAACUCACUCAAGAGCUUGAACAAGAUGAAACUCGGAGUUUCCGACAUCAAGUGGGUUCACCAUUGACCAACUCUCCUCCAGGUACCUGGGCACACAUCGGAAGCCCCAUUGAGCAUAACCAGCCAGCUUUCAGUAAGUCCCCAGGUUUGGGAAGCCUCAGUCCAGACAGCAACCAUUUGCCUGGGUUAGCUUCAAUUCUCCCAGCUCAUGUGUCUAACUCUCCAAAGAUUGCGCCUAUUGGUAAAGAUCAAGGAAGGUUAAACCAUGUAAAUCAAAUAUAUAGCAACUCUACAUCAACACAAGGAGCAGGGUAUCAGCAUUCCCAUUCCUAUCCUGAGCAGAAAUUAAGUGCAAGUCCAGGUCCCAUCUCAUUUGGUGAGUCAAAUUCAAAUUCAGCAGGGAUUGGAACAUUGUCAGGUCCUCAGUUUCUCUGGGGAAGUCCAACUCCUUAUGCUGAGCAUAAUUCUUCUGCCUGGCCAACCUCAUCUGUGGGAAAUCCAUUUUCAUCCGGUGGACAGGGACAAGGUUUUUCAUUGAGUAGCCGGCAUGGUUCUUUCCUGAGUUCACAUAGCCAACAUGUGGGAUCUGCUCCAUCUGGUGUUCCUUUGGAUAGACAUUUUGGCUUUUUUCCAGAGUCACCAGAAACAUCCUUCAUGAAUCCAGUGUUUGGGGGCAUGGCUUUAAGUCGCAACAGUGGGAAUUACAUGAUGAACAUGGGCGGUCGUGCAACAUUGAGUGCUGGUGUGGGUCUUCCAGGAAACAUUACUGAAAAUAGCUCGCCUAGUUUCAGAAUGAUGUCAAUGCCAAAGCAUGGCCCUGUCUACCUUGGGAAUGGCUCAUAUACUGGACCAGCAGCAACCAUCAAUGAAAUGUUGGCUGAUCGUAGUAGAAGUCGGCGAAUUGAGAAUACUGGGAAUCAAAUAGAUAGCAAAAAACAAUAUCAACUUGAUUUGGAUAAAAUUAUCAGUGGGGAAGAUAUUAGGACUACUUUAAUGAUAAAAAACAUCCCGAACAAGUACACUUCAAAAAUGCUGCUGGCUGCUAUUGAUGAAAAUCACUGUGGUACAUAUGAUUUUCUCUACCUGCCAAUCGACUUUAAGAAUAAGUGCAAUGUGGGUUAUGCCUUCAUCAAUAUGGUGUCUCCUUCCCAUAUUAUAGCCUUUUAUGAGGCAUUUAAUGGGAAGAAAUGGGAGAAGUUCAACAGUGAAAAAGUUGCUUCAUUGGCAUAUGCACGAAUCCAGGGCAAAGCUGCCCUUGUGACUCAUUUUCAGAAUUCAAGCCUAAUGAAUGAGGACAAGCGUUGUCGGCCCAUUCUGUUCCACUCAGAGGGCCAAGAAACUAGUGAUCAGGAAACUUUCCUUUCCAGAAACUUAAACAUAUGUAUCCGGCAGCCGGAUGGCUCUUACUUGGGUGACUCAUUGGACAGCCCAAAGGGGGAUCUGGAUGAGAAGCCAGAGAACAGUUAACAAUGUAUUGGUAAUCUUACAUGCCUGAGGGGGACAGGGCUGCUAACUUCUGCAAAGUCAAGUGUACAGAGUAGAGAGAGAAGUCGAGGUAUGGGGCAUAUAAUAACUAAAUUAUGGCUAGUGUCUGCUUUUGAGUACUGGAUAACUCUGAUAUUUACUGAGAAAGUAUGGAAGGGAAAGCGGGCAGAGAGCAUUUUGUUAAUUUGUAGAGUGCAAAUUGUUAUUCAACCAAGGGAUUAGAAUAAGGUGAAGCAUAUAGCUGAAUUGUGAAGUCUCUCUGCAGCCAUAUGCAUUACUCAACGGUUUGUGCAGAAUUUCUCCUUUUGGUUUUUUCCUUUUGGUGUUUUUGUAAUGUCCUGGGUCUUUAAAAUCCCAUUUGCAAAUAUGAUUUUACGUGUUCAUAUGGCUAAAAUGCCCUGUUGGGUAAUUGGGCUUCAGGGCUGUUUAAGGAAGAAAAAAAAAAGAAGCAAGGUUGUAUAGAAGGGAGACAAACAGAAUCGUCAUGUUCAUAGUGGGU